AGACAACAUUAAAAAAAAAAUUCAAUAAUCUCUAUUUGCUCUGUUUAUAACUUUCUUUCUCUCUCUACACACAAAAGUAGAAAGCUGAAGAAGAAAGAACGAGUUUGUAGCUGGGUGGUUACGUUUCUUUCUCCUUUUAAAAAUUCAUUCUUCUUCUCUCAGUUAUCUAUUCUUCUGUUCCUCUCUACGCGCCAACAGAAUCAAUCUUCCUUAGCUUUUUUUUUUUGUUAAUUUUCCUGGAUUGAAUCUGAUUCUGAGAUCCUCCCUACUUACCUAUUUUGUUUGAUCUGUCUGCUGACGAAGAAGAAAUGAGAGAGAAAUGGUUGUUGAUGUUUCUCGUGUUUGCAGUCUCUUUCUCAAUCACUGUUUGAUGUGUUCUGAUGAAUAAAUAAACAGACACUCUCUCUCUCUCUCUCUUUUCUUGAGAAAUAAAAAUCAACGUAGAUCUCUUCCUUUUUCCUUUGUCCUCUUUAAACUUUUUUGGGUCUAACAUUACUCUACAAAUAUUUUAUUUGUAAAAAGAAAGCGAGUUUAUAAAAACGUGUUCUUCUUUGAAGACUCAACCCAGAAGCCUUUUCCUUGGUCAGCUUUGAAAGGCUUCAUUUUUAUAUUCAAUUUUGUUUCCUUUCUUCAUUCAUUCCAUUUUGGGUUUUUUUUUAAGAUUCACACUGCUCUGUAUUAUUAUUCUCUCUAUAUGUGUUCUUGCAGAAACUAGCUGGAACUAAUAACACAAAGUUGGUCCUGGAGUGCCUUUUCAAUAUCAUCAGGGCCCUGAGAAUGGGGUCCUGUCUAUCUGCCGAGAGCAUGAGUCCCAGACCGGGCUCUCCUUGCUCUCCUGGCUUUGGUGUCAGGAAAAGAAAAAACUCCAAGAAGAGACUUGCUGGCUCCAGAAACUCCUCCUUUGACUCCAGGAGAGAUGAUCCUCUGCAUCGAGUCCCCGGCCGUAUGUUCUUGAACGGAUCAAGUGAGGUCGCUUGUAUCUUCACUCAACAAGGCAAGAAAGGGCCUAAUCAAGAUGCCAUGGUUGUUUGGGAGAGUUUUGGUUCGAGGACAGAUACAGUCUUCUGUGGAGUGUUUGAUGGGCAUGGUCCGUAUGGUCAUAUGGUUGCAAAGAGAGUCAGAGACAAUCUUCCUCUCAAGUUAAGUGCUUAUUGGGAAGAUAAAGUACCUGUUGAAGGUUCGCUAAAGACUGUUAAUAAUAGUACAAGCGGCAUCAACAACAACAACUCUGAAGAUGCUGCUUCUUUUGUAUCUACCGAGGAAGAACCUAGGCCAGAGAACACGGAAUCUGAAUUGUUUCAAACUCUGAAAGAGGCGUUUCUUAAGGCUUUUAAAGUUGUGGACAGAGAACUUAAGUUUCAUGGAAGUGUUGAUUGUUUCUGUAGUGGUACAACGGCUGUGACUUUGAUCAAACAGGGUGAGUAUCUCGUUGUUGGAAACGUUGGAGACUCUAGAGCUGUGAUGGGGACAAGAGACGGUGAAAAUGGACUUGUUGCUGUUCAACUCACUGUGGAUCUCAAACCAAAUCUACCAGCUGAGGAAGAGAGAAUAAAGAAGUGUAGAGGACGUGUGUUUGCUCUUAGAGAUGAGCCUGAGGUUUGUAGAGUUUGGCUCCCAAACUGUGACUCACCUGGACUUGCAAUGGCGCGUGCUUUCGGUGACUUUUGUCUUAAAGACUUUGGUCUGAUCUCUGUCCCUGAGGUCUCGUUUCGCCGAUUAACCGACAAAGAUGAGUUUAUAGUGUUGGCUACAGAUGGGAUUUGGGAUGUACUCUCAAAUGAAGAGGUAGUGAAGAUUGUAGCUUCAGCACCAUCUCGCUCCUCUGCAGCAAGAGCUUUAGUUGAGACUGCGGUUAGAGCUUGGAGACACAAGUACCCAACCUCCAAAGUCGAUGACUGUGCUGCGGUUUGCUUGUAUCUAAACUCCAACGGCUCAAACGCCAUAUCUACAGCUUCUUCCUUCUCCAAACUUGAAGAUGAAGAUGAGAUUGAUGAUGGAUCAGGUCCAAGCGGUGGUCUAGGACGUUCGAGUACUGUCAGGACAGGGAAAGAGAUUGCUCUCGACGAAAGUGAAGCUGAGAAGCUGAUAAAAGAAGAGGAUACAGAACAUGGAACAGAGUAUUCUGCACUAGAAGGUGUUGCAAGAGUUAAUACACUUUUGAACUUACCAAGAUUUGUUCCUGGGAAGUGAAAAAGAGAAAAGAAGAAGUUGAGUUUUGUGACAAGAACAUCAUCAAAAUAAAUCACUGAGGAGAGGUUCUGUGUUUUUUUUUCCCACCUUUCUUUCUACAUUUUUUUCUUAUUCUUUUUAUCUAAAAUCUGUUAGAGAUUCAUUGUUUUUGGAACUACUUAAAUACUCUGUCAGUUUUGUCU